AUGUCAUUGUUAAAGAAUCAGUAACUUUAAAAAGAAGCAAUUUAAAACUUUUCAAGAUCAUCUUCACCUGUAAGUAAACCAACAGGUAGAUAAGGGGAGUAUAGUCCCUAUUCAAGUUAAAGCGCUAUUUAAAAAAUAUUCUAUUGUCCAGUUCAUCCUGAAGAGAAAGUAGUUAGUUUUUGUAAGCUAGCAGAAUGUGAAUAUAAAUCAAGACUCCUAUGUAGUAUAUGUUAAGCAUAUGAACAUUUUCAUAGCGAAGUAUUUGCAGUACCUUUAGAACCUAUAAUAACUGGAUAGUAUAAAAAAGUAAAAAGAAUAUUUUAUCCUUAUUAUGAUUAAAUUGAAAAGAAACAAGAUGUGGAAAAAACUAUUUCAAUGAUAAACACUAGAUUAGAUCAAUAUUUAAAAGAGUACACUCAACUCAUAGAAGAUUGUAGAUAAAAUUUGCUAGAAUAGAUGAAGAAAUAUAGAGAAGAAACUCUUUUUUUAGAAGGUUUAUUAUCAGAAGUUAAAUAAAGUUAUGAGCUAAGCUAAGACAAUCGUAGAUUGGUUGAAAAUACAAUUGUAGGAGUACUAAAAAAAUUUGAAGAAAAGAAUUCAUCAUAGGAUCCUUUUAGGAUAAAAAUUAUAAGUGAUUAGUUAGGUGAAGAUCUAGAAAAUGUCUUAGAUUAUUUGAAAGAUUCCUCUUAGAGCAUGAUUACUGGUUUAAAAAUGACAAAAGACCACACUGUUAAACAAGCUUUAAACUUCAAAUUUUCUGGUAGUUUAAAAGCUCCUUCUAUUUAGUUAAAAGGUUAAAUGCAAGCUAUAAAUACAAUAAGAGAAAAAGAAAAUCAUAAAUUUGCAAUGCUUGAGCCUCGAUUGCCAUUCGAUAGAAGAGUAGCAAUCAGAUUUAAGGUUUUAAAUAUAUCAAACUAUGUAGGUUUUGGGAUUGGGUUAAGAAGUGUAAUAUAAACUAAAUAAAACUUUGAAUUAAAACAUUAUGGUCUUAAUAAAGUUGGAUGCUAUAUGCUUUAUUAUCAUUAGUAUACUCUAUCUCAUACAGACGAGUCUGUAAAUAUAUAAUAUGAGGGAUUUUAAUUUUAUAAAGGUGAUUAAAUAGAUUUAGUAUUUGAUCCUAAUAAAAAGUUAUUAAAAAUCGUUAAAAACAACAACGAAGCUUAAUUUACUUUUAAAAUACAGUUACCAGAAAAUGAUUACCUUCAUGCUAUGGUAUCUUUAUCAGAUAAAACAGAUGAAGUAGCUAUUAUUGAAACAAUUAUUGACGAAGAGUGA